UAAAAAAGUUGACAAAAACAAUGGAAAUAAAAUUAAUUUCGAAUCGGUGAGAGAGAUCUAUUGACAUUUUUUGCUUAAUUAUACUUGAAAUUCUCGAAUAAUUGUACGUCUGACAGAAACCCUACAUUGCGGUACGCAUAGGGAGAAUAUUGACAUUGAUUUUAUAAUCAGACAACGAUUUGAAACUUCUUACUAUAAAUGUGAAUAUCAGUUUCUUUAUGGCAUUCACGCAACAGAACAAAUUUCAGAACCGGAAAAUUUUCGAAGACUUACAACAAGAAAAAAAAAUCCUGCUGAAGCAAGGAGUUCCACCGUUAAACACCGCAUUACCGACUGCUUUGCCCCCUACGAGAAAUGUUGCCACGAAUAAUGAUGUCCACAUUCCUCCGGUACCACAUCGUCCUACUCUUAUAAACGCUCAAUCGUUUGGAUUCUUCAUCAACCAAGAUUCGUCAUUUGGAAACACAAUUCUGCCAGUUUUACCGAGGUUUGAAUAAUGGCUACGAUAAAACGCAGUAAACUGGAAGAAUAUCUUCAAGACGUGGAGACAUUUUCAUCACCAAAAAUAUCUUUGGAACAAUACAUAACGCCUCCUCACAUAGCAGCUUGUAUGCUUCAUGUUGCUCAGUCAUCAUUCGACGAUUUGAACGAAAAAUUUGUCGCCGAUUUAGGAUGUGGAAGUGGUAUGCUAUCGAUUGGAUCUCUUCUUCUUGGAUCAUCGUUUUGUAUAGGAUUCGACAUAGAUGCAGAUAUUUUAAAUACGUAUAAAAGUAACAUGGAUGAAUUUGAAUUUGCCAAUUUCGAUACAGUUCUCUGCGACGUUGAUAAGAAUGAUCUUUCCAAAUUUCAAAAGUGUUUCGAUACUGUUUUAAUGAAUCCUCCUUUUGGUACUCAUAACAAAGGGAUUGAUAUGAAAUUUUUGAAAACUGCGAUUAAUUUGUCGAGUAAUGCGGUAUACUCUUUGCAUAAAACCAGCACAAGGGAUCACAUUUUAUCGAAAAUAGAAUCGUGGAAAAUAAAAGGAGAGGUUAUUGCGGAACUUCGAUACGAUUUGCCUAAUUCUUACAAGUUUCAUAAAAAGAAAUCUGUUGACAUAGCCGUUGAUUUAUAUAGAUUCUGGGAUUUACGAAAUAAGAUGGUUUGAAAUUUUGUUAUAAAUCUAUUAAUAAAUACAUGUUUUUAUUUUCCUUA